UUUCUUUUAGGUACAAGAUGAUCUCGCAAUUUACUUGGCCAAACUUCAGGUCCGGAUCCGAUAAAGACGCUUGCAAAGUCAUCAUAGACGAAUACAAAUUCACCAAUGACGUGAAAUAUGGUAAAACGAAAAUAUUCAUUCGCACACCGCAAACCUUGUUUGCUUUGGAACGAGCCAGGAACCAGCUGUUGCCCGGAAUCGUUACUUUGAUCCAAAAAACUUGGAGAGGGUACGUUGUGCGCCAGCAAUACAAGAGAAUGAAAGCCUUGAUGACUAUGAUUAAAGUUUAUCGUAGGAAGAAAAUCAGACAGUAUAUAAACGAAUUGGAAUUCAAAUUUAGAAGAGCUAAAUCCAUGAAAGAUUUCGGUAAGAGCAUUCUUUGGCCCGCUCCGCCUUUAAGUAUGAGAAGUGUGACGAAGAUUUUGAGGAAUGUUUACAACAGAUGGAGAGCUCAACAAAUUUUAAGCCGCAUACCCAAACAUGAUUGGCCACAAAUGAAGUUAAAAAUAACUGCCGCCAGCAUACUGAUGAACAAACGUUACGAUUUUGGACUGAAACGCAAAUGGGAGGGCAAUUACCUCUCAUCUCCAUCAGAAAACCUUCAUUAUACAGUAUUUAAUGAUUCAGUAAAUAACCUCAAGAACAGCAAGCAUUUUAACACGGUUCUGUUUUCGUGUUUUGUCACGAAAUUCAACAAAUUUAACAAGGUAAGUAAUUUUUUUUAUUGUCUUUGA